AUGGACAAGACGGAUAGAGACGCUGUCAUUGAGCAUGCUACGCAGGUCAAACGCCUCGUGCAUGAUCCUCACAGCUUCCUCACUGAGCUAGUCGCGCAGCAACAGCAGUAUCACUGCAUCGCCUGGCUUUGCCACUUCAACAUCCUCUCAUACAUUCCUCAGCCCCCAGAGUCUAUCGCCUACUCUGAUGUCGCCACCACGGCUCAAGUCCCGCUGUCAAAGCUGCAGUCCGUAGCACGCAUGGCGAUGACCACGGGUUUGCUGUGCGAGACCAAAGAUGGCAAGCUUUCUCACAAUACCCUUUCUGCGCAGUUCGUUACGAAUGUACAUAUGAAGACGCAGCUUCUUCAUAUCUUCAAUCAGACUGUUCCUCUUAUGACGGGCUUGAUCCAAGCUACGUGGAAAUGGGGCGAGACGUCUGCGACUAAUGAGACGGCUUACAAUAUUAUUCAUGGCACUGAGCUGUCGUUCUUUGAGCACUUAAAGAUGCGGCCUGAUCUCAAUGAAGGCUUCCAGGCUUAUAUGAAGAGUCGUGCGGUGUCGCACACUGGCUCUAAUGUCGAGCAUCUUCUGAACGCCUUUGACUGGAAGGCCUUGGGACAAGCGCAAGUCGUUGAUAUUGGAGGGAGUAGUGGUUCAACGUCAAUCAUGCUGGCGACAGCAUUCCCGUUACUCAAUCUCGUCAUCGAAGACCUCCCAGAGCCUAUUGAGAACGCCAAGACUCGCCUGUCUGAGUUACCAUCAGACAUCGCGUCUCGUAUUGAGAUCAAGGCCUACGACUUCUUCACUCCCCAGCCCGUCAAAAACGCCGAUGUCUACCUCUUGCGCACCAUUCUCCACGACUGGCCCGACGCAGAUGCUAUCAAGAUCAUACAAGGCAUCGUCGCAGCCAUGGGUCCGUCCAGUCGCUUGCUGAUCAUGGACAUGGUGUUGCCAAAGCCAGGUUCUGGGUCUGUGACAUUUGAAGCAGCGCUUCGACAGAAGGAUCUCACCAUGAUUCAGUGCUUCAAUGCUCAGGAGCGCGAGGUUGAGGAGUGGAAGGCCCUGCUUACCAAUGCUGAUCCGCGAUUGAAGAUACAGGCGAUUGAGAGACCUGCCGGGAGUGAGUUGUCGGUCAUUGAGGCUAUGCUUGAUGAGUCUCCGGAGCAGGCGGCGUGGUUCUAG